AUGGCGGACCUCGAGGCGGUUUUGGCUGAUGUUUCCUAUUUAAUGGCGAUGGAAAAAUCGAAAUCCACGCCGGCCGCACGUGCGAGCAAGAAAAUAGUGUUGCCUGAUCCAUCGUAUGUAGAUUAUUACGAUCGCUUUUAAUUCAUAUCCCUAGGAUUGAGUUUGUUAACCUGAGAAUUUAGGUCUGUUCCAUCAACGACCUUGUUGCCUUUAUAUUUCCAGUGUUUACCACGUAAUGCACAAGUAUUUAAGCGAAAGAGGAGAGGUCCAAUUCGACAAAAUAUUCGAUCAAAGGAUAGGUAAGCGAAUCGUUCCAAAAGUAGUGUAUAGUUAGGCUGCUGUCGUGUUUCUAACGCGCUUCCUUUCUCGAAAACUAUAUAUGAUCAGUGUAGUAUACCUCGUAAACCAUGCUAUUCAUUUAGCUUUUAAGCUUUUUCGACGACGCUCUGACGGAUGUAAUCUUCUGUUUCAUUUUCAAGGUUAUCUGGUCUUCAAGGAAUUUUGCGAAACCCAAUGCGACGAACCGGUCCCUCAGCUGGCAUUUUACGAAGAUGUGAGUGAGCGAGCUUUUAUAUCUUACAUUAAUUUAUUUAUUUACCUUUGUAUUUUCCCAACUUUGUGCAGGAAGCUGCUAAGCAGCCGCAAGUUUACAAGAAUAUUUUCUUGAGUGGGCGGGUGCUUGUUGUGCAAGCUUAACUGGAGAAGCGUGAUAAAUAGUCGUCAAAAAUUUCUCAGAUAGCCUAACCAGGCUGUAAGCUCAACUUAUUGCUGCAAUUCGCGAGCAAUGAAUUUUUUUGAGUCAGCUGUAAAUUGUGGCAGCUUUUUUCGCCUACUAGGAGACUUUUGUUUCUGGGUCGCCAAAAUGAGCUUGCCAUUCGUUAGAAAAUAUACAGUAUUUCCUGUGUUUCUUUUUUUUUGAAAGCUCGUAUUUACUGCCCAAUGACUGUGGAAAGGAAGUGCAAUGGUGUAUUGUAAGAGGGCAUGUUGGAAUUGUCAGCCACGGUUUACAACUAACACAAUUCCACUUCCUGCCUUUAUAUUCAACUCGUACGAUACUUAAUGCCCCAAACUAGAUCCUACGCUAAAUAAUGAAAACCAACUAAUUUCUCGGAGUUUGGGAACUUUAAUUGCUUCGUUUUUUGCACGAAUUAUAAAGAUGUUCCCUUUGUGCCCUCGAACAUUUGUUUUGCCGUUCAGUUGUUGUCAUGGGUCGUAAAUCACCGGUAGAGUGAUCCUGCAAGUGGUAAAUACAAAAUAGGUUUAAUUUUGAGAGCUAUAAUUUGGAUUUUAUCUAUUCUUCGUAUGCGUGCAACUAUUGUUUUCGGAAAAGCUCGGCAACAUCGAGUUGAAUUUUCAAUGUUUUUGCGUUGCUUUUGAAUAAACAUAGUUGAAAUCGACACCCUGCCCGUUCUCUCAAUCGCUGCUUAUUGAAACACGACUCGACGAAACAGCUUUUAACAAACACCGUUACGGGCGUUUAGUCUGUGUUUGCUCCGCCGUUUCUUGGUCCGAUCAGCGUGCUCUUAGAAGAUUUAAGCGUUCACGGCGCCAAAAUUAGCACGUCCAUAAUCAUUUUGUCCUCUUCGCAUGUACAAAUUUAAUGCUGGUAAACACGAUGGUGCAUUGAAAUCAGUUGUAACAAUUGUUAUGCUCUUAAACCACAAAUUUGUUUCUCUUUGAGUCUUUCAUUCACAAAAAGUGCCUUCCUCUUGACUUUUUUUUCUCUAUCGCACGAUCUACCUGUUCAUAAAAAUUAAAACUACCAAGGGGAGAAAGUCAUGGAAAUUUUGUUUUUAUGCGAUUCCCCGAGGAGUUGCUUUGAACAUCAUUACCACAACAAAACCGAAAUUAUAAGGCAAGAUAAUUGGAAAUAGGGUACAAUUUGAGGGUGAUUGCUAUGCCCGAGUUUGAUCGUCCCAUGAUUCUAUUUUUUUACCGUUUAACUCUUGCAACCCAGUUUUUUAUCUGCCAAAGUGAAAUCUUAACUUGUAAAUUAUUAAUGAAUGUCUAUGGUAAACAGAAGUAAAGGAAUAUAAUUCAUAUUAUUCACUUGGUAUGUGCUUGAGUCUUAACUAUAUUGGACGAGAAAUUUACAAGAUAAAAAAGUGUCGUUUUUUGCUCAGUGAACUUUUUUGUAAAAAGUAAUAUCUAGCGAUUUCUUCUCAAUUAAUUGAAAUAUUUUUGUUUAGUCUAAGGUUCGAUUUUAUAUUCUAAAUGCAGUAAAAUAGAAUUAGAAGCAGAGAUAUUGUUGCCUGGCAAACCAUAGUUUUCAUGGGAUUUUACCUAGUACACAUGCUGUUGCCUUAAUAUUAAUGAUGUCCAUGUGACGAAGAUAUUAAAAAUUGAAUUAUUUUAUUAAUCUUUCAGGUAUUGUAAUCAUGAUUAUAAAAGAUCUUCCCAAGCAAAUGUUGUUUGCCAACACAUAAUGUAUAUCAUUGUUAUUCUGGGCAAAUCUUGGUCAUCAAAUUUAUUCACUGAAAUUGCUAGAAUGAAGUGAAAAUUAUUUUAAGUGGUUCAUUUAUUCAUGAAAAGGUCAUUUGCAUACAUGUCAUGCAACUUUCAUUUAAAUCCUACAUCUUAUGUUUGCUGAAAGCCAUGUGGAAUUACACUUUUGAGAGUUAAAUUUUAGCUUGUUUAAACUUGUGAGCACCAGUUAUCUACAACAUUUGAACUGAUUACUCUCUAACCCUUUGUGAAUUUUCACCAUGAUUUUGAAGUCUAUUUGACAUGCACGUCGCAGUUUAAUCAAAAAUUUCCAAAGCAUGGUCGUUAAUAAGUUGUAUAAAGGACUUUUGUGUUUCAUUAAAUUAACAGCCAUACAUGUAACAAUGUAUGUGUAACUAACAGGUCAUAUAUUUAAAAACCUGCCCUUAACUUUAGACUUGUAAUAAUUUUAUUCAUCUGCCUUGUUUCCCGUAAUAUAAUUUAUGCUAGCUGUCCUUAAGAUGUCUAGUAUAAAUACAGGAAAUAACACAGGCAGAUGCAUUAAAUGUCAAUUGUAUUAAAAUGUCCGAUUCAGACGUCUAAACCAAGACGACUACAAAGUAUUGUUUGUGGCAUCAAUAUCAUAUUUUCCUCAUCAAUGGUGACAAAUUUUGUUCUUUGCAUGCUUGAUUGAUGACAAGAAGACAGUUUUGCUUUUUUUGUUCUUUUGUAAACCUAUUGUUUCCAACCUAUAGUAUUCUUAUUUGCAUAGUAUUUUAUAGAAAAAAAAAACAGAAACACUACACAUAUAGUGUUCAGUUACUUUCCUUCUUUAUACUUGUUGGAGGAAGUCUUAAUUUUUUUCAGAUCAUUGUCAUAAAAGUGAUAUAUUUACAUAGCUAAUGUCAUUAUUGUUGCAAAUACAGUUGUAAUAAUAAAUUAUCAAUUGUGACAGGUGUAUAACCCUGAUUUUGUAAUGCAGGUUUGGUACUCAAGAGGUUAAUACUUUAUAGUUGUGUCUUUUGCAUGAUUAGGCCAUUUCAGAAAAUAUCCAUACCGUAUAACAUGGACAGCUUUUGGGAAUUCCAAGGGCAAGGAGGGUAGUUUUAACUAGAAAUCCAAAGGCAUAGUAGAUACUUAUGAUUGGAAUUCCGAAGAUGUGGUGGGUGGACAUCUGAAAUUUCCACAGGGAAGGACAGACAGGAGUUUACAUGUAUUCCUUGAAAAUUCUUUUUGUAUGGACUUAAUCAGUUAGCAAAUAAAGCAUGAUCUGAUGACACUGCUAAUGACCAUGGAAGCAGGAUACAAGACAAGCACUGAUCGAUCAGGCAUGUGUUCAUUUUCAUUUGCAGAAAAAAACCAAAAUGCUUCAUCAGUAGUUAGCUUCUAUAGCUUGACUAUUAUGUGUAAACCAAAGGACUUGCCAUCCAUAUCAUGGAGGUCUCAUAUGACUCACUCGCCAAACUGAAUGGGGAGGAGGAGUUAACAACUCUGAAAUUCCGAGGACAUGGUGGUGGGGGGGGAAUGCAUUUUGGUCAUUCCUGAAGUGAGGGGGGGGGAAAUAUGGUAACCGUCUGUGGUAUGGUAUGGAUAUUUUCUAGGAUCACCCAUUAUUUCCAGGAAAAUCUUUUCCCAAAGAACAACUGCUUAUACUGGCAAAUGUGUUGGAACCUUCAAAAUUCAUUUGCAUUUAGCAAGUAUGGAAGUUUGUAUUUCCAGCUUAUUGAGUGUUGCAACUGCACUCUCUAAAUAUCAACUUUGACAUGACUGUCUUUGUACCAAAUAGGGAAUAAAAUUAUUAAGAAUAUAAUAACACUAAUAAUGAUGAUAACGACAAUGAUAAUAAUAAUAAUGUAUUAUUAUUAUUAUUAUUAUUAUUAUUAUUAUUAUUAUUAUUAUUGUAUUGCUACUACUACUAUAGAAUAAAAAAUUAGAAAAUCUUAUCAUAACACCCUAUAAAAAACUCAGUACGGAUGUAACAUAAUUGGUCAAAACCUAAAGCCAGGAGUGUUAACUGAUUAGAAAAUAAAAAUCGUUUUUUUACUUUAGAUAAGAGAGUAUGAAAAACUACAGUUUCAAGAAGACAGGUUGAAGAUGGCACGAGAAAUAUUUGACAAAUACAUCAUGAUUGAGCUCCUUGCAUGUUCACAUGUAAGUGUUUAAGUAGUUGAUCUUUUAUGUGUAUUUUUAUGUAUGUAUGUAGGUUCUGUUAUUUGUUUAGUAAUGCAGUUCAGCUAAAUGUAUUUCCUUUAAGAAUAAUACAAUGGCUUCAAUACUAAUUAGGACGGUCACUUAGAUUUCAAGUUGGCAAAUACAUGGAAAUAGGGAACUUGAAACAUUUCCCAGUGGAUGAAGAAAGUUGUUGCUGCUCUGUGUUGUCUAGCAACCCAAACAGUGCGCAAAACAUUUUUUGAAAGGGAAGCACCUACAUGUAGAGAAGGGAGACUAAUGAUGUUUGAACAAACUGGACAAGGGAGAAGUCUUAAAAAUACUAGACUAACAUUGUGAAAAGCAGCAAAAGAUGAGACCAACUAUAUCCCUGUACACCAAUAUGGGGAAAUGAAAGAAAGAUACUAGUACAACUUCAACUGAUGUACCUACAAACCUAAAAAAGACUAUAGUCUAACAAUUUACCAACUAAGAUAAAGAUGGGCUGUAAAAGAGACCAAAAGCUGUCUAAAAGAUCAAUGGAGAAGCAGAACAAGACAAGGCAAGCAUCAUAUAAAUCAACUGACAUUCUGAGGAUUGUAGGAAGACAUUUAAAACAAACAGCUUUAUGAACGAACUGACCUACAGCAAAGUAUUGAGAGUUUGUAUAAUUAUUUCAUAUUACAGUCGUUUUCCCAAAGUGCUCUGGAACAAGUUCAAAGUUCAAUUAUGAAGAAAACAAAAGAGCUUCCAUCAACGUUAUUUGAGGUAAGAAAGUAAUAAAGUAUUUCAUAAUUUGUCUCUAUUUGAUGUCCAGGGAAAAUAAGCCAGUAAGCUUGGUUGUUUAGGAUGUUCAUGGUUUUUACAGAGUCUUGGAUUCCUGGAAGAGUCUUGAAAUUUGCAGUCCAGUUGUCCAGACCAGAAAGUGUAAAAAAUAAAGACACAAUUGUUAAUUCUAAUAAAGUCUUGAAAAAUGGUAAAAAGUCUGUUACUUUUUGUUUCAAAAUUGCAUUAAGUGGGUAAUUGCUUAAGUAAAGUUUUUUAGUAGUCAAAUCUUAUCAACAGAACUCUCUUAUGUCCACAUUGCUCUAUGGUUACUGUACAUUUGCAGUGCAUUAUGGGUAAAGCUUGUUUCCUGAAAUUUUCAAGGGUUCUAUAAAUGAUUGAUUUGAUUACCUGAAGUCUGGAAAAAGAAUAUUAUUAAAUUAGUCUUUUGCAAAUGUAUAAAUCCUGGAUGCUCCUAUUGUUGAUUUUUUUUCCUGGAAUUGUCUUACUCCUGUCUAUUCUCCCCCCUUGACUUUCCCCAAUGAGGGUUGACUGGUUAUAACCCACAUGAUCCCUUUUAGCAUGUCCAGUUAAGCUUUGUCCGUAAGCUCUCUUUCUCUUUACAUUUCUCCCUCUUCUGCCAUUCUUUCCUAUUCUUCCAGCUGUUAAAAUUAUCAGGAAGAUAGUACAGUCAAGGUUUUCAUUAAGAAUUCUAGUAGCAGGAGAAAGGUGUAACAUUACAGGAUAAUAUUUUGAAAGAGGCUCCACGUAUGAAUAAAAAUUAGUCAUAGAGGUUGCUGAACAUCAGAUGGAUAAUUCUGCAUAGUAAACAGACAAUUCUCCAAUCUCUAACGCUAAAUGAACACCCUGACAGUGUACUCAAACAUGUAAGUACCCAAAAAUAAUUAGAUUUGAAAGGAAAAUUUAUAAGUAAUUUAGUUGCUGAUAUUGGAUAUUAUUCAAUUUUAUUUUUAAAGCCCUACAUGUUAGAAAUCAGAAACAGUUUAAGAGGAUCAAUCUUCCAAAAGUUUUUGAAAAGGUGAGUUUCUCAUACUUUUAUUUACCAGUAUGUCAGUUUUGCGGUUUUUGGCCCUUUUUUGGGUUGGUUUUUCAGUUUUUGCACUUUAAAAAGCGUGAUCCUUUUGUCAGGUUUUGGUGUCUGUUGCAGUUUGUGGCGUUUUCUUUUUUGGCAUUUGGGGUUUUUGGCAAAAAUACAAGUGGUUUUUGGUGUCCGAUGUGAUCUUAAAUCCAAGCCAAAGGUGGUCUUUGACUGACCUUGUGCUUAAUCCACCUUCAACAGCUGCAUGCCAAAAGGCACCUGCAAAUACUGCUUUUCCCUACCCAAAUCCUAUUGCACAUGACAGGGUUAUAUGAACGGGAUAAAGGUGGCUUUGGUUGGUUGCUUAUUGAGUUUUCAAUAAUUUAUUGUAUUAUAACAUUGCAUUUCACUACAAUGCAGCUAACGACUAUUAUUUUCAUUCUAGUGACAGAUAUAUCAGAUUUUGUCAGUGGAAAAAUGUGGAGCUAAAUAUUAACGUAAGUUGGCAUCUAUCACCUAAAUGUGUGAAUGUGUACUUGAAUCAAAACACAAUGUACAGAAUGUACUUGCAGAGUCUGUAAUAUUAGAGUACUCAGUAGAUAGUCUGAAUUAAUUACAGUUCUGCUUAAAAAAAUUAAUUACACUACCGGUCUUGUCUCGUUUCUUGUGAGGUGAGCAUCUCAUCUUGUGAGACAAGUGGUCUUGUCUCGCGAGAAUCAAUAAAGUUUGUUAUUUUUAUAUACAUUGUAUUGAGCAGAGUGAGAUAAAUGUGUUCCUUUCAAUUGUGAUAGUUUUGAUCUGCUUCUACAUGAAAUUAGGGCAUAGGAGAUGUUUGGUUGUGCUAUUUGGGAAUGUGGCACUUGAAAGGGUCUUGUCUCUAUUAAAGCUGAGAUGCUAAUCUUUUGAGAGGAGACUUCAACUCUCAAGAUGAGAUGCUCAUCUAGCCAGUGGAUAUUAACUUACAUACUGUAAGAUACCCAUGCCCAAUAUUUUUAAUGCAAUCACUAUCAUUUUGAAGGAUGUAAUAUGCUAAUUUAGUCAACUUUGCUCUUUCCUCAGCUAACCAUGAAUGAUUUUAGUGUACAUAGAAUUAUUGGCCGUGGUGGAUUUGGAGAGGUGUAUGGCUGUAGAAAGGCUGACACAGGAAAAAUGUAAGACUAAUAAUUGUGUAAUUUUGAAUGGUUCUUAAGCGAGAAUGCUGUAAACCAAUGCCUGUGAAUUUGAAACUUGAACAGGCUUAUUAAGAUUACUCUCAAUUUGGCCAGUAAUUAUGAUCAGAGGUACAUUGUACAUGUGGCCUAAUUCAGAGUUGUAGGUGAGUCGAUCAGUGUUAGUCGGUUUGGACAGUGGAUGUUGUUGAGAACUUUUUUCCACUGAAAUUUUUCAAAUUAAAAUUAAUAAAUGUGGUUGUAAAACAAAGCAAAAUAAUGUUUCAAUGGUUUGAAGAUAGUUCUUUAAUAAAGUGAAAUUUCAACAUUGUUUCAUUAUAAUGAACAAGAAAACUUACGUUAUGGUAUGUUAGUUUUAGUCUUUCUGUCUGGGUUUCCUUUUUGUUCACCAACAGCUGUAUCUUGAGCUUGGGCCUGUUGUAGUCUUAUCUGGUAAAAAAGAGACCCACAUUUUGGUCUGAGAUUCUUUGAGUUGGCAGUUCCGCAUAAAAUUGUUCAAAAUGCUUCAUUAUUGUUUGGCCUGAUUGGAAUUCUAUCCAUUUUAUUUGCUUGAUCCGGUCAUUAUAUUUUACCCUGUCACAACUAGUGCUGUAGUGCAGGAAUUUAAUUAUGGCACAGCACACUAACUGCAUGGUACAUUUUUGUCAUUUAAAUGCAAAUGAUCAUAAUUUUUUUCCAUAAUGCAAGGUGUCAUUUGUGUUAUUUGGCUUGUUUUGAGACUGCCUUAAGUGUUAUAGCUUGCAAUGUAAACAGAGCUUUUUAAGAUCUCCUAGCAUAAUCAUUGAACCAUAACAUUCCUUUUUUGUUGCAUCAUUAAGGUAUGCCAUGAAAUGCCUUGACAAAAAGAGAAUCAAGCUAAAGCAGGGAGAAACUUUGGCAUUAAAUGAGAGGAUUAUGCUCUCCAUGGUAAGUAUUUUGUGAAAGAUCUUAGAUCCAUUUCAAACCUCCUGCCACUGUCAUGACUGUAGCACAACUUGGUUUUACGUGUCUAAUUCAGUUCAGGCGAAUAAAAUAGAGCUACAUGAACAAAACAUAAAAAUGACUGAGGGGACAUAAAAAUUCUGAAGUGCCCUAUUUUCUUGAUUACAUGCUGGGUCCUCAGUAAACAGCUGGUGUAACACAGGAAGUUGUACAUAAGCACACUAACAAAAAAGACCAGGCCCCGGUUGUCCAAACGCUGGAUAGCGCUAUCCAUCGGAUAAUCACUAUCCAGUGUAUAAGUAAUUGGGAAACCAAUUGUGUUAUCCACUCCACUUUUUGAACAACUGAGGCAAGGGAAAUAUUCUUGGUAUGCAAAUAAUUGCCUCUGCUGCAGCGUGCAAAGAAAGUCGUGUCCGACAGCCCGGGGCCAGUGGAUUUUGCUAUCGGGCUAGUGUUUUUUGUUCUUAACUUGCCCGACGGGCAAGUGCUGUUUUUUGGGGAAAUUCAAAUUACAGAAGGAUUGUUAUCAAUCCUGCCAAUCAAAAAGGGCUUUGGGGCUAGUUGAAAUGACUUGUGGGCUAGUACAUGCUACCUACAGCUUGCCCGAAUGGCAGGCUGUAAGACUGACUUUCUUUGCACCCUCUGCUGUCACCAUUUGUGUCUGAUGUCUGUCCAAUUUCUUGUAAGUUAGCUGCUAUGUUUUAUUCCCAUGUAUCUCAAAGAGACUUGUUUAGUUUCAUUGAUCGUGUCCACCAAGGCAAUCGAUAGCUUUAAAUUGACUUUCAUGUUUUUAAUGCCAGUGAUGGUUUUUGUUGUUUUUUUAUUAAUCAUCCUGUUUCAAUUGUUAUUUUUCAGGUCAACAAUCCUUUUAUUGUGUGUAUGACAUACGCCUUCCAAACUCCAGACAAACUGUGUUUUGUGUUGGACUUAAUGAAUGGUAGGUAUUGCAGUACGUGUGGCUUUCCGCUGGCUGAGAAAUAAAUGACGCUGGUAACUUUUUUGUUACAUACAGCAGGGAGUAUGACUAUGUUCUAGUGUGUAGGGAUCUUCAUGUCAGAUACUCAUUGAAAACUCAGUUUGUUUUCUUGCCAUUGUCUUACCUGCCCCCCCCCCACCCCCCUCCAUAAGCCUUCCAUGUGUUUUCACGUUGUUUUAGCAUUUCAAGUUGUGCCGUAGUUACAAUAUUGAUGCUAGCCUCAGUUCUUGUUAGUUGGUUUCACAGCUGUUGUAUAUCUAUUAGAAGUAGUAUUUCUGAUUAGUGGUGAUUAUAUAUAAUGUCAGGCUUCAUGUUUUGGCUUGGCAUGGCUGUCAGUUGUUUGUGUGCAGAACCAUUGUUAUAAGAUUGAGAGUCACUUGGAGCACUUUUCCCCACACUCCUAUAUUUUUGUGCAUUAUGUUAUGUGCACUGCCGUCCCUAACCUUAACAUAGAUUUGGCCCAGGAUUUUCAUUUUUUUUUUUUUACAUUAGAAGGGCUUCCCAAAAUUGAGUAGGAGGGGAAAGUUAGAAGGUUGGUUUGAGAAUCAGCUUCUCCAUUUUCCUUCAGUGAAGGGCGGGCACUGUGCUCAGAGUAAAUUGGUUCUGGUAUGCAGCGCCCAUCUUCUUAUGAAACCAGCCAAAGAUGAGUCUUAGAAAUGUGAUAAAUAAAAUAUUGCUGUGUCCUUUGUAGCCCACCAACACAAAUUUAGAGAAAAGAGAAUUAUAAUAAGAGCUCUUUGUUCUAGCCUGGGGAGCUGGGGAUAGGGGUAGAUUGUGUUAAUCUAACUUCUGGGAUAACAGGUCAGGAACAGUUCUUGUGUGAUCACACAGGAAUUCUAAACAGUGAUCAAGCUCAUUUGUUACAUUUUCCUGUUAUUAAUAUUUAUAAAACUCCUUUUGUAGGUGGUGAUUUGCAUUACCAUUUGUCACAGCAUGGUGUCUUUAGUGAAGAAAAUGUAAGUGGCACUAUACAGUCAAACCUUGAUUAUCCGGACUCAUGGAACUUGAGUAAAUAGUCCAGAUAAUCGAAAAUAUGAAUACAAUAAUGUAAACAUAGUGAAUAAAGAAAACAAAAGUUAAUUGUGAAUUAGCUCCCACUUGCAUUCUUGUACGGUCUGUAUGUAUUGUGUAUUUACAAAUACAACAGUUACUGUUUCAAGUGUUCAUAAAACAUUGUUUUAAACAAACGUAUGGAAGGAUUAAUGAGCUUUUUAUUCGUUUCAAUUUUUGAAGAUCACAUCUUAUUAAUAUUCAUGAAACAAAUAGGACCAGGGAAACAAAUCUGGAUAAUCGAGGUCUGGAUAAUCAAGGUCCGACUGCAUGAGUUACAUGUACUACUUUUUUUCAACUUGGCUAGCUGCGUAAAAUAAUUUUAUGUCCAGAUUCCCCAGGCUUGUUACUUUUCAGCAGGUGCUGCGCCUGUUAGCCAAUUGCAAAGAAACUAAUUACCGUUCAUUUGGUUUAAGUUUGUUGUGGGAGUUUUUAAAACCUUUUUUGUUUGAAAAUAUUUUACCUAUUCGUGAUCUAAUUCUGAUUCUAAUGUCUUUUUUUAUCCAAAAACCAGAAUAUUAGUUAAGGUCUGUUGAAUGUAGAUUAUUGUAAUGUUAGAAGACUACAAAGAAGUUAGUUUAACUUGAAGCUGUCUUGUAUCUUUUGUUGUUUUUCACAGGUAAGGUUCUAUGCUUCAGAAAUAAUUCUUGGAUUGGAGCACAUGCACGAUAGAAAAAUUUGCUAUAGGGAUCUUAAGGUACAAAAACAUAAGUUAAAAUAUAUCCUGAUUAAGAUAUGCUUAAGCUUGUUAAGCUUAUGUUGCAUAUAUAUAGUUGAGUUUAAAAGCUUAACAGGGAUCUUGCAAGGCCAAACUAGGUACUGAUGUUGUAGGUAUAAUCUUCUCUCAACGAACUAGCGUGAUAAAGAAUUUCCUUUGUUUCCUAGUCCUACUUAUUCAUAGGAUUCAGAGAAAAUUCUGUUUAACCUGAGAAUGGGCUUAACUACUUAAUAGAUGUCUGUCUAUUAACUGCACGUGGCAAAACCAAAUCCAGGAUUUUUUUCGGGUCCCUAUGCAAUGAUUAUUGAAAUCUUGCGCAAACCGAUAUCUUACCUAAAAAAGAAAUUAAAAAGCACUUACCCUUUCUUCCGUCUUUGUUGGUUUCUUUCAAUAUUCUUGAGAUCUUCAUUCUUUAAAAUUUGUAAAAGAAAGUCUUGACUUUCACUGAAAGUGACGGCGGCGGGAAAAUGAUGUGUCAUGUGACCUUUUUGUCUAUAUUUGGUUAGAAUGAAUAACGCCACUAGUAACGCUUCUUCGUGGCUGUCACACUGUCGGUAGAAGUUUAAGGCCAUCCUCUUUUUUUUCCUCCAUUUAGCGUCGUCUGGCCGACCCAAAUUUUUGGCAUUUUUAAAAAUGAGCAUAGUAACAGCAUAGAGAAAAACAGUAACAUUUUUUACAGUAUAUUGUGCAUUUUGUUAAUCCAAAUUUGUGAAUAUUAACUUUUAACGUCAUCCUGGGGUAACAGGGCCUCCUAUUCCGAGACACCUUGUGAUUUUUUUUAAGUGUUUUUAUUUUCAGUCCGACCGACUGACCCAACAUCAGGAAAAGCAUUCGACGCUAAACGAAAAAAGAAAGGGGGUGGCCUAGUACUAAAGCAGGAAGCCGUAUUCUCUUUCUCAUGCGGACAAAAUUAAACAAGUCGUUAUGAAGAGCUUCACUUUUUUCUUGCAGCAAUUUUUCUUACAUAGUUGGGUUUAACGCUUAUGGAAAGGAAAAGUUUGAAAAAAUAUAUAAAAAAGAAUAACAAAAAAUAACAAAAGCUGGUAAAAACCGAAAAGGGGUGGUGGGGGGGGGGGAGGAAUCAAAAAAGGGCAAUGAAUUCACAAAUUCCGUCCUAGUUUUUAGAAGAACUGAUCACAGCAAGUCUUUUUAACCGCUUUGAAUCGCACCCUCAACUUUAACUAAUCUACAUUAGUUUAGAUUGAUCCACAAAAUAAUAUAAACCGUUUUGAAAACCGCUUUUUUUAAUCUUACGACACCUUUUCACGAGUAGACCAACACAUAAAAAACCAAUACCGAAAAAUAAGGGAAGUGUGGCAACCCGAAAGUCCUUUUUUUAUUAUUAUUUUUUUAUUAGGAAAAUUAGAAGAAAAAAAACUGAACGUUCAGGCAGGUGAAUCGCUAAUACACUGAAACUGCAAAACGCAGAUUUCGAGAGCAACAUUUGUAACCGUACCCUGCGAACAGAGUCUCCUUCGAUCUUCCUAAAUAAGUCGGGAAGAGGAAGGAAAGAUCGAAGCGACUCUGCUAGUAGGGUAUUGUAACCGAAGUAUGGCAUUUUAAUAUUUCGUGAUACCGGACACAGAUGACGUAAAACAAAAGAACAAAAAUCAUUAAACAAAGCCAAACAGAUCAUACUGAUGAACAGAAAACAAAGAGGUCUUUUAUUUUACAUCAUCUGUGUCCGGUACACCAAGUAAAAGCGCGAAGUACCCUAAACUGCUUAAUGUUACGGCCUCCGCAAGGACGGUUUGAUAGAUGUCAUUCGAUUAACAACGAUCUAAUGUGGCUUUUUUUCUCUUGGUUUACAGCCUGCCAAUAUCCUGCUAGAUGAACACGGCCAUGUCAGAAUAUCAGAUCUUGGUCUUGCUUGUGACUUUUCGAAGAAAAAGCCCCAUGCCAGCGUGUAAGUACGACAGUAUUAAAUGAAAUAACCGAAAUCGGGGCCCAGUUCUUGUGUCGCCUGUGUAUCAAAGAAGAGUAUUUUUUGGUUUGUUUUCGCUGGUCUUAUUAUAUACGAAUCUCUCUUCUUCACAACUUUUUCUCAUGCAUUAUCGUGCGCUUCUCAUUUUUUAAACGGUUUCCGUUUCUUAGGAGCUAACGUACAUUCUGUAGGAAAAAAAAAUUUUUUUCAGGGUUGUGAUUUCCCGUCGAAACUGAGAAAUCUUUAAGAGAUGACGCCCACAUUGUGCCGGCUACAUGUAGCGUCGCGGAAAAGUUACUCGGAAAAAUUCUGUAAACGUCGCUGCCAAAAUCUGACAGGAUCAAAAAAUGUUCAAAGGCAGUAAGGUUUCGGAUAAGUGCAGCCUCUGUACGGGUAGCCGGCCCGAAUUUCGGCCCUCUCCCUGCAAACUCCCCUACUGGAUAGGCCAAAUCCUUAGGGAGCUUAAGCAACGACGACGGCGGCGGCAACGAGAACGGCAAAAAAUCAAUAGGUACUUUUUUUAUUGCCGUCGUUGCACGACUACAACGUGAAAGUGCCUAGAUUCACGUUUUGUCGAGGACAUGAACGCAAGACAACAACUUUCGUUUUCUUUUCAUUAACUUUGAUAAAGUCCUUUAGGAUUCAACUCCCAAAAAAUUUUGCCAACAUUUGACGAAUUUAACGAGAUGGAAUAAGCGCGAAUUCGCUUUUUAAAUGACGUUUUCGUAGCCGUCGCCGUCGUUGUUGCAGUGUGCAUGCGUAUCAACCGUGCUCCUCAGGAUGUUCCAAUCGUUUGACACGUUCGGUUCUUUCUCCGCAGCGGGACCCAUGGUUAUAUGGCCCCCGAAGUUCUGAAGAAAGGUGAGGCAUAUGAUUCCUGUGCGGACUGGUUUUCUCUCGGAUGUAUGCUCUUCAAAUUGCUGGUUGGGUAGGUAUACUAUGGAAUUUUUACAAAUCUGAUUUGUGUGAUGACUUAACUCUGAGGGUACACAGUUAAUACAGUUGGGCGCUGAUCUCAAGCGACCGGUUAAUCAAAAAAGCCCAGGAGCCAGUGCCUGGGUACCAGCGUAAAAUGGUGUUGUGUUCGCACCUUGGGUGCCUGAUAUGUGACUGCGUACAUAGUUACUCCAAUUCGCCCCAUCAGACGCCAUUUUGAAACGUCAGCUUAGCAGCGAGUACAAAGCAGUCGACUGCCAUAUUACUUGCAAAAACAGUGUGCACAAAGGAACCCGGUGCCCACUUUUGUGUACGAGAACAAAGUCUCGACCUUGUACUCGGGUACCGGCACCGUGCCCGAAUACUAGCAUGGGUACUUGAAAAAAGGGUGUGUUCACAUUAGUGUCCUACAGCGAGUACUCUUCUCGGGCACCGUGCCCGGGCACCAACGCUGCCCAUUCAAAAGUCCUUCUAAAACUAAUAAAAAGAAACACAAGCUGUCGAAAUCACGCGUCUGUCUCAAGCAAAGGGAAUUCCCGUUGCUUUGCCUUUAUUUUUCAUUCGCGUCGGGGACCAGACAACAGCCCCACAGUGCAAUUCGAGUCAACUACCGACCCAGUCUCAAAUCGGGCCAAUAGUGAUGUUUGGCUUUUUCAUUUACAGACACAGUCCAUUCAGACAGCACAAAACAAAAGACAAGCAUGAGAUUGAUAGAUUAACACUAACUUACGUAAGUAUGGUUAACCUAAAAAAAUCCACUUUAAGUACUAAUUGGCGACAUUAUUUUACGUCCACAACUGGAGACGGGACCACCAUUUUACGUGGUCAUCCGAACCACGCAAGGGUCUAGCCCCGGAAAUCGAACUCCCGACCUCCCGCUCUGCAGUCAAGCGCUCUACCGACUAAGCUAAUCCUGCCGCUGUUAAUACCCCAGUCACAUGUAGAAUUUGCGACCAAAAUAAGAUUCUGGGGUUUAACUCCAAACAGGUAAAAGAGUAGAUAGAUGACAUGCUAGGAGACUGUUGUGCUUCUUCAGUUUGGAUUAAUCCAUGAAAUUGCCACUAAACCUGCACUAAAAGGAUGCUAAGGCUGUUGUGUCGCGUGGUGAAAAGUCGGGCUAUGCUAUUGGUAAAAACAUUGUUGUAACUCGAGUCAAAAUAAACACGUAUUCGCCAUUUGGACAUCUCUCAUAAAACACCUCGUUUGUCCCCCAAAGUUUUGCAUAACCUUUGCUUUUCAUUUCUCCUGGAUAUUGCAGUUGCUCCCGGGUAAAUUGAAGACAAUGGUAAUGCAAAAUUGGAGCCAAACAAGGUGCAUUAUGGGAGAUGUGCAAAUGGCGAAUAAGUAAUAAUUAGUUAAAGGUGACCAAUUCCGCUUGUAUUUAACGUGUUGUAUGAUUUUUACUCUUGCAGGAUGUGGAGUACCCAGAAUCCUUUUCAGAGAACAUGAAGUCGUUACUUGCAGGACUUCUCAAUCGAGAUGUCCCCAGCAGGCUUGGCUGCACAGGCUCAGGGUAACUUGGUUUAUUCUAUUUGUUGCAGUGUUAUACCAACAAUUUACUCUAGAAACCAAAAUACAGUCGAACCUCCACUAACUGUCCCUUCUCCACAACGGCCGCUUCUCUACAACGGCCACUGUUUCUGGCGGACAGACCUUGGAACCUCUGCACAACGGCCACGUUGGGGACAUAAGAAAGUGGCCUUUGUAGAGAAGUUUAAACAAGAGUCAAUGUAUGCACUGUCCGCACAAAAAAAGUGGCCGUUGUUGAGUGGUUGCCGUUGUGGAGAGGUGGCCGUUAGUGGAAGUUCAACUGUACAGUCAAACCGAGGGAAAAGAAGAGGUAGCAAUGUUCAAAACACGAAUGCUCCGCCAUCCAUAUACACGGUGUAUGUGACAUUGUAUAUGAGGGUCUGGAUUUUGAACACAGAGCCUUAUUGCUUUUCUAUUUUCUUCGCAGAGCAAGAGAAGUGAAAGAUCAUACUUUUUUUAAAGAACUGGAUUGGAAGUUGGUUGAACUCUUAAAGGUAGGAGGCCGUGUUGCUAAAUAGAAACCAACUUAACGGGACGAAAAACGUUAAUCUCCUGUUAGCCUGCUUUCGGUCGUUCUUUUGUGGAUGUGGGAGCGUACGUGGGGAGCGCGAAUUUUGGAGAAGGUGUGAAUGGUGGUCCUGCGACCGAAAUUGCUUAAUUGCCGGCGCAAUGUGUAAUAUAAGCCAUAUACAGCUGAUUGGAAAGGUUGUUACAAGCUUCAAGGUUUACAUUCGCCGCUUUAGGAACGAGAAAGGAACUGGUCCGAGUUAUGUUUCGCAAAGGCUUCUGGGAUCGUUACUAAGGACAGAGGGAAAAAUUGCCAAUAGCUGACCGCCGCGUCCCCUUUAACGAUCCCAGAGCGACAAUUGCGGGACACAUUUCGGCUCUAGCUCCCUUCUUGUUUCUAAAGUGGCGAAUGACAAUGCCGAAACGGAGUCUGGAAUAUCGGAAUGAAUCAGCCCGUAAAGUCUAUCGUGUUAGUCGCGAGAGUUAGUCGACUCCGUGUGUCGUGAGCACGUCUAUAAAUGAAUCUUAACAAGUAAACAACAAAGACUGAACCAAUUCACUUAAGGUCUUCUAUCUCUGAAUUCUUCGUUUAUGGUUCUUUUCCCACUUCAUUGAAACGCUUAGUCAAGAAAGAACUUUUUAAGUUUUUUGUGACAACCAUUCUCAAAUCAACUGAGCAUUCCUGGAAAAACUUUCGUCUUCGGUGAACUUUCCUGAAUUAAUCUUACUAGGGCCAUUUAUAGCAGGAAAAAUAAGACGUGUCCUAAAUAAGACGCAAACUGUCCCUUAUAAACGGCGACUUGACUAAGACGCGUCUUGUUUUAAACACAAAAAAACAUUUUCGCCUCAAUAUUUGGCGAAGUGAAUUGCGGAAUACGUUUUGAAUUAAGCUCUGUCGGGGUUAAAACUUUGCUUGUCCCUGACGACUACUUCUGUUGACAGAGUCAUUUUUACCAUUGUUAUGCCAUCUGUUCACACAGUACCCGCCACCACUCGUCCCUCCUAGAGGUGAAGUUAAUGCCGCUGACGCAUUUGAUAUCGGCUCAUUUGACGAGGAUGACGUCAAAGGCAUCAAGGUAAUAUUCUUGGCUUAUGACCACGUGACAAGGCGGCCAUGUUGGUUAAUAACCUCGUUCCCAGGGUUCUCUGAAGAAAGAGAACCGUGGGAACGAGGUUGGUUGGUUGACAAAAUACAUUUUUUACAUAAUUUGCAUGAAAAACAGUUUACUUCUUAGCGGGAGGGAGCACUUUUGGUCUUUUCAGCCAACAUUCAGUUGCCAACCAGCAAUAGUAAUACAAAAGAAUGGUUAAGAGUGAAUGGUUGGGCUGAAUGAGACCUUUAUCAUAAUUCCUGUUUAUGUGAAGGCACGCGCACUUCGCUCGAAAAUCGGACGCAAGCACUUCUUGCCUUGAAAACCAAUAUUGAGAAAAAACUGACUGCUUUGCAGUCUUGUUCAGUUACAACCGCACGAGAGUCCAGUGGCUUACCGGAAAGGCUUGUUCAGCGACCAAGGGACAAGAUGGUAACUCUCUACCUUCAACGAUGCUUGAGUUUAAAAUAACCACAUAUUGUAACGAAUCAAAAUGGUUACUUUUCCUUUAAGAUGACGGAACAAGACCAGGAGAUUUAUAAAGAUUUCAACUUAACGGUGUCAGAGAGAUGGCAGCAAGAAAUUGCUGGUAUGUUUUGAUAGAUACCUCUCACAGAAUGAUUAAGGAGCUAACUUAAUCUCGACUAAAUGGCCAGUCAAAUCAACAACUUGAGUUUAAACGAACCUUCUCAGUGGCCGAUCCAGGGGAGGGGCACGCCCCCCCCUUUUUUUUAUAGACCAAACUGAGGCCUGAAGGGCCGAAAAAAAUUUUGUGGAGACCGUCUCCCUCCUUAUCUCAGGGUCUUGAUGACCAGCCCUGCGCCCCCCCCCCCCCCCCCCCCUUUUCUUUUCCACCUUUUCCCCCCCCUCCCCCCCCCCCCCCCCCCCCGCGCCCCCCCAAAACGCUCCCGUCCCUGAAUACCACCAGGGGUGUUUUUUGAGGAGAGGGCCACCCAACCCCCCGCUUUGGCAGGGGACGUUGAGCGCGUUCCCCCCUCGACGUCUACUUGCGACCAAAGGGGCGUAAAAAACAACCACUGUGUGUUAAACGCACCUCUCCCGGGGCGGCCCGUGGGGGGGGGCCCCCCCCCCCCCCCCCCUUGUUUUUAAACCAAACUGAGGCCUGAAGGGCCGAAAAAAAUUUUGUGGAGACCGUCCCCCUCCUUAUCUCCGGGUCUUGAUGACCAGCCCUGCCCCCCCCCCCCUCCCCCUUUAUCUUAAGAUCUGGAUCCGGCACUGUUCCCCGCACCUCCCCGUAAGUGACCACCCAAAAUGGUCGCUUACGAGAAUAACCACAGGGUUGUCUUCUGAGAAGAGGCCCCGACACAUCUACUUUUUGGCAGAGAAUUUGUAGGCCUUUCCCGCAUUCCUGUAAACAAAGGCAUCAAGUCGAUGCUUGGGUGGAGAAAAUACAGUGAUUUGUAUGAAAUUGUCCACCCGAACCUCGACCUCACUUUUUAAUGUUUGCUCACUGGAGCGGAAUGCGGGAAAGGUCUAUUGCAUGCAAUUUCUAAGUCAACAUUAUCACAUGUAGCGACAUGUUCUCACCGAAAGUUCUUCGGGUACUCGGAGCGGCGUAGUACAUGUUUUAGAUAGGUGAUCGCUUACGAGAGGUGGUCUUACAAGGAGUUUCGACUGUACCAUCAACUGAUGAUAUCGAAUUUACCUUUAUACGAUGUUUAUUCCUGUGUAAUCUGUUUUAAAUUGCAGAAACUGUAUUCAAGGUUGUCAAUGAGGAACACGACAAGUUGGAAGCCAAGAAGAAGGCAAAACAUCAGAAUUCAAUAACGGGUAAGAAAUACAUGAAUUUGGAAUGUUCACGUGCACAGGAUUUUUUCCACCUUCUCGAAAGUUACCGUAGGGUUACCUUUCUCUGUGGAUCUUUAUAACAAUGAAAGGCUUAAUGGGGGAUUGGAGGCUGAGGCUUUCGUGGAGUAUUAAAAAGACUGACAUUUGUUUGUCAGUUAAACAAACAAGCAAGGUUGAUGCGCGACUAGAUGUUCAGAGGGAUCGGAUACCCACCUAGAAAAUUCGGUCCGCUUUUUAGCAGUGGACGUAGAAAGUGUCCUUUAUCAGCAUUUUUAUAACAGAAUUCAUGACUCAGUUUCCAACAAAUUCUUACGUACUUUUUUCACGUCUUUAGUUGCAGAAGAUGGUGACCACUUGUUGGAAGGUUAUUUGUACAAAUUAGGGGGAACUUUGAUGAGCAACUGGCCGAGAAAAUACUUCCACCUCUUUCCUAAUCGACUUUUACGUACUUUUUUCACGUCUUUAGUUGCAGAAGAUGGUGACCACUUGUUGGAAGGUUAUUUGUACAAAUUAGGGGGAACUUUGAUGAGCAACUGGCCGAGAAAAUACUUCCACCUCUUUCCUAAUCGACUGGAAUGGAGAGGCGAACAGGCUGGGGUAAGUUUUCUGUUUCCCAUGAAAGUAUCCGGGGGUCAUGUUCAUGGCAGCCAGGGCGGAAAUCACCUGCUCUUAGUUACAGCUCUGAUUGCUGUUUUAGAAAGUCAUUAGUCUCCCCUACUUCUCUCUUAAAGGCUUACCGGUCCCUUCACACUUCUUUACAAUACAUUGAUAAACUCUUCAGAUGUUAUAACAGGCAUGAAGAAAAUUAGGACCAUUAGUCAUAAAGUGUGAGGUUCUCUUCUGAUGAAGGUCAUGCUGUCCUUUGUAUCGUUAGCAAAUGCCCAGUCUUUUAUGUAUGGAGAACAUUACAGGAGUUGAAGAAACUCAAGUCAAAGGCUUUAAAUGUAUAAAGAUCAGCACAAACAUCCGGGAUAACAGGGAUCACAUCCUAAGAGCAGAGGUACUCGUAGCAACAGUACAAUCAUGAUAGAAACACCGUAAUUUUUAGGGAGUCAUUUUGACUCCGAAAAUGGAGUGAAAAUUUUAGGUACAGGAUAACCCGUUUUGGGGGGUUACUUUAAAUCCUAAUUUAUCUCCGAAUUUGGGUUCAUUUUUACUCCUGAAAAACGAGUUCUUUUUACUCCCAGUCUGGAGUUAAAAUAACUCCGAAAUGGGGUUAUUUUUACUCCUUACAUGGGUUGUUUUUACUCUUUUUGGAGUUAAUUUAACUCUGAAAGUGGAGUAAAAAUUGUAGGUACAGGAUAACUCCUUUUUGGGGCUAUUUUAACUCCUCAAUGUCUGGGGUCACUUAUUCCCGAAAAAGAGUGCUUUAUACUCCUUUUUGGAUUUAAAAUAACUCCCCAAAAAAUAACUCCACUGUAAGGAGGCAAAUUAGCCCCACUAGAGGAGUUAUUAUAACUAACUGAAAAUUACUGUGAAGCAAGAUAGUCAGGCCAGUUUAGGUGUUAUUAAAAUAAAUACUUUGCUCAGAGGCUAGGAGGAAUAAACCAAAAGAAAUCAGUUCGACAUUCAGGGAUAAAUAAUUGAUUUCGAAGCAACGGAGUAGGGUAUCAAUUUUAAUGUAUCGAAAUCGGCUCAUUGAUCUGUUAGGCCUCGCUUCUCGGUAUUCAUAUUCUCAAACUUGCCCUGUGAAGGAUGAUUAGCUUAGCAUAAAUUUUCUGCGAAUUUCUGCCGUAGAACUCUUGAAGAAUUAUUGAUCAUUCUAGAAGCUGACCUCGAUAUCUGACUAUCCACCCUGGACCACGUGGUUUGGUAUCUAGAUCAAAUCAAAGAACACAGAUCAGUUAGUGGAUUGUAAAGGGUUUAUUGUCGUCGCCUUAGAAACAUCUGCUAAAGUUGGAUAGUUAAAAAAGACAAGAACUCACUUACGAACUGUCGAUAUUGACUGCUAUGAGUAUUGCUAAUCUUUUACUGUUGUUGUUUCUUACCUCUAUUCUAGACCGAGACGGAAUUCCAAGAAUGGAUGAAAGAGAUCAAACAGUCAUUUCAGCAGGCGCAGGUCAUGAUGCGCGCGGGCGCGAAAAUCAUGAGUUCCGGCCACCGUUACAUCACGCAAUACAGCAAAGAGGAAAACGGCCCGGUGUCGCCAUGAUAAAAUAUCGUUCUCACGCACAUCUUCCAUCCUGUAAAUACACACAGAUUAAAAUCAAAGAGUUCCAGCUUGAGAGAACGGGCUUCAAACUGCUACUGUUUUCCCAGUGGCAAAGAACAUGACGUAGUAAAUAGGUGUUGUAUGAUUGGUCAGUACUAUAGAUGUGAAUUACCUACCAUUGCCUGCGUAUAGGCACAAACAAAGUAUCAUGGAUUGGAGAGAGAAAUUUUGGCGCGAUUGUGGUGUAUGGCGGAAUGACAUUAUUCUUCGCGGUUACGUGGCUGAAGACGACGUCGUCACAUGUUUUGUCAUUGGUUCCAUUUAGUUGUUUUAAUUGCCUUUUAAAGGGUACAGUUCAUCGAGUCAUUGAAAGUAUAUGGAAUUUCCCUUUCUGCAGCACCUGCCAAAAGAGAAAAAUUAUCAAUGUCCAUAGGUUUAUUAUGAAAUUUCUCCGUCUUUUACACUUGUACAAAAUUCUAAAUCAAUUCUUAACUUAAGUGAAAUAAUUUCUUUCUGCGUUUAUCUCUUAGCAUCUUAGUAUCGUGAUGGUAGUUGCUGAAAAUAUAUGUGGAUAGAAUAUCACUUGUAGGAGAGAGAUGUAUGCAGAAGUUAGAAAAAAUAUAGCAGUCUGAGACGCCAACAUCGAACUGAUAUAUAAGUCCCGCGAUAUUUGCUGGGCAAAUUUUAACCAUAUCGGCAAGCAUUGUAUGAGUCUUGAAAACUUUCCGCUGUGUAUAUUUAUUUGCGAGGCAGUUUAAUUUGUAAUGUCGUCUCAAGAUGGUCAUGAAAAAUUGUCUGUACUCUUGUAUAUGAUUCUUUAUGUUCUUGGCAUUGCGUGUCUUCUGAGUAAGGAUUGUCAGUCUUGCUUUGCCGAGUUGAGUUAAAGUAUUUCUUUAGAGAUAUAACAGUGGCGGAUCCA